UCUCCCUGCCUUCGGUUACCUCUCUUGUCAAAAUGGUUGCCAGGAGCAAAGCCACUGCAAAUGGAGGUUUAAAUUCCUACGUCCACGACAAGCCGCAAGCAAACUUUUAAGAUCCUUUGGUCAAGCUUGAAAAGGAGCAUACUGGACUUCACAACACCGUAAUAUUCUGGAAAAUAUGAACUUUUUGGUCAUAAUCCGCUCCGUAUCGGCAAGAAUGUUGUUUACUGGUCAUGCACUGGCCGUGUUACUGGAAACAAAACACGCCGUGCCGGUCUCCUGGUUCCCUUAUCUGUUCUUAACACUCAGCGGCAUCUUGCUGGAAGGUAUCUUCUCCUGCUUCAAGAGUGACUUCGACCUUGCGUGGUAAGCCAUCAGCCAAGCUGACCUGGGGUUGCUGGUGCCGUCUAGGAUUUGCCCUGCCGUGUUUUUCUACCUUAUGAGCGUAUUGCCCCCCAUUUGGAUCCGAUCUCUUUACAUAGAAGAGCACUUCCUGGCUUACGAGAGGGCGUACAAAGAAAACUCCACCUGUACUUUCCCAUAUGGCUUGCAAAACAACAAGUUUUUUCUCUACGAGCAGUGGUUUCCGGUUAAGGCGGAGCAGGAGGCCACGUCUUUCCAGAGUCUGAUCGUGACGCAACAGUUCAUGCUGGGACUGCUGAUCGUGGGUCGCUGGAUGCUGCCCAAGGGCCGAAUGUCCAGCGAUGAGCUGUCACAGCUGCUACUCAUCCAGGUGGGCAUCGCCGCCGACAUCGCCGACUUCUACGACGCUCUCGACGACGAUGACGUGCGCUGCGACCGCAAGAUGGCGCUAUUUAUGCUGGGUGUGUGGAGCUACUCCCUCAUGCAGUUCACGCUGGUCUCCACCGGCGGCAACUACGAUGACGACGAUGGUCUCAGCCUCCUGAGGAAGUUUGCCGAGCGACAGAAGGCUAGCGAGCGCUGGAUCUGCCUGCACCCAGUAGUAUACAGCAACCUGGUCUUAAUCCUGAUGCAGGACGUGCCCUUCUUCGUCGUUCGAAUGAUGCUCAUCGGCCGAACUGUCGAAUACGCCGACACCAACGUAUUCUUCGCCUUUAAGAACAGCAUGGUCAUCAUCCUGGGCAUCUACCGCUUGAUGGUCCUCAACAGGGACAUCAACGAGAUUCGCAAUCGUCAGUUGACUUUCGACGACUCUUACACACUAUUUAACAGUUUUAAAAAUCGCAAUAUCAGUCUGUCGACGUCAUAUUCUUCUUCUUCUGAUGAUGAUGAGGAGAAGGAUGAUGAUGAAGAUGGUGAUGAUGCCCCCAGAAGGCAAGAGGACUUAGAGCUUGGCAUGUUGUUGACUACCGUUGCUCCAAGUACGUCCAACCAGCUCAGCGACACGUUCUUGAGACACAAGACUUCCUCGCUGACGGACGUUGAGAUGCAGCUUCAGGGAGCCCAGGUGUCAGCCCCAGGACAGGCGGAGAGGCAUCGAAGAAAGGGUAUCAUGUUACCGAGAAAGGACUCUCCGCAGUUGUACUCAGGUGAAAGGAAAGAGAGUGCUAGCUCAACGGGGAAGAUCGAUGACCGCCGUAAGAGUAAAAUAGAUGAGGACGGCCGGAGGAAGCGCUCGCCACCCCGGGUGACGUGGAGCGACAGUUCCGAGAUCAUAUGCUUCGACAGCCGAGGUCAGGCUCAUCGAACCUCCUCGCCUCUGGAGUCGAAAAUAUCUUUUAUGUCAGCCUUUGGUCCGGAACGGGACACCGACAACACCAUCGCCAAAGACGGAUAACGGGUCUCUGAACCGUUUCCGUUGUUAUGACAUAGGUCAGACGCUGCUAGUUGUUGUGUUACUGUAGAUACCAAGCCAUGGUCAGACGUGCUAGUUACUGUUACUAUAGAUACCAAGCACUGGUCAGACAUCACUGAUUGCCGUGUUACAAUCAAUAUAAAGUACUUAGAUUUUACCAGCUGCUGUUACAGUAUAUACCAAGUAUCUGUCACGGAUCACUAGUUGCUACUACAAUAGAUACCAAGUUUUUAGAGAUCCCUAUUUGUACAUUCUAACAUGUAGCUGUCGGACGUCCCUAGGUGCUGUUCAAAUUGAUACCAAACAGAAGUCAGUGUCGAUGCUUGGAAAAGACAGGUCGUUCCCAGAUGAAUUGAGGGCAAGACCUGUACACCAUAUCACAAAGCACACAUCAUGACCUCCUCGCCACAGGUAGAGCCCAUAUUAACCUUCACUGUAGCUUCGACAUUUGCCCACAUUGCCGAAUUGGUGUAGUCAUGGUAGAUAAAGAUUGUCCAGUGACCUUAGUCAAGAAGAAUUAGUAUCCUCUAGGUAGGUUAAGCUAUUAUGUUGUAGGCUACUGUAUUGUAUCGUGGACGCUAUUAUGCGAAGAGCAAAUGAACGAAUGCGAUCUGUAUGGUAAAGAGGCAAUGUUCAGAUUUUUAUUUUUGCUUGGAUUGUGUUUGCAGUUGUAGCUGGGAGUCUAUCUUUGAAACGAUUUUCAGUUCAUUUCAUUAUUUGAAAAAUAAAGGAAAAUUGAAUGUAAGAAAAA